CUCUCUCUCUCUCUCUCUCUCUCCUCCCCCUCUCUCAAUAUAUAUAUAUCUUUCUAUCUCACUCUCACUCUCCCUCAUGUUAAUUUUCCUUUUCAAUUUCCGCCCUUUUGAAUCAGUGAUCUACAUGCCCUCAAUUUGUAAUAAGGUUAAACAUCUUUAAUUUUUAGAUUCUUUAGCGCCAUUCGCAUUCUUCUCAACUCCAAUCUACACAUUCAACACAAGAAAAAUUUACAGGGGCACAUCUCACCGACCCAUUUCAAAGCUUUCAUUUUUGAUCCUCUCCAUUCAUAAGAAGCUCAAAAACUCAAAAGGGUAGUGGUGGAGUGACACAACACAACAGCAUUAACACAGCCAUAUAUAGAAACAGAGAAUGAGAAAGAACAACGAGGUUCAGGAGGUUGUUGUAAUCACGCCGCGUCAAGAAGAGAUUCAGGGAUCGGGAGGGCAUAUUCGUAAUUCCAAGGACGGAAUCUGGUGGCCAGUGACGAAGACGUUGCCGCGAUCCACCGCGGUUCUCCUCUUCCCCGUCGUGCUCAUCAUCGCCGCGUUGGCUUACACGCGCACGCUCGACACACAUCCCCUCCUGUUUUUUUCCGGAUCUACAAAAUCAGCACUAAGCACCACACUAUACGACACACGUCCUUUCAGAGUCUCCAUCCAGAAGCCAAUAGAGAUCCCACUGAAUUGCAGUGCAUACAACCUCACCGGAACAUGCCCCACAAACCAAUCCCCAAUCCCAGAAAACGAUCAGAGCCGUCCAUCCAGUGCCACGUGUCCGGAGUACUUCCGUUGGAUCCACGAGGACCUAAGACCGUGGGCCCGCACGGGCAUAACGCAAGAGAUGGUGGAGAGGGCAAAACAAACCGCAAAUUUUAAGUUGGUUAUAUUGAAGGGUAAGGCCUAUUUGGAGACUUAUGAAAAAGCCUAUCAAACAAGGGAUGUUUUUAGCAUAUGGGGGAUUCUACAAUUGUUGAGAAGGUACCCUGGGAAGAUUCCUGAUUUGGAGCUCAUGUUUGAUUGUGUGGAUUGGCCUGUGCUUUUGGUUGAUCGUUACAAUGGGCCUAAUACUGAGCAACCACCACCAUUGUUUCGGUAUUGUGGCAAUGAUGCUACUUUGGAUAUUGUUUUCCCUGAUUGGUCCUUCUGGGGAUGGGCUGAGGUUAACAUAAAGCCAUGGGAGAUUUUGUUGGGAGAGUUGAAAGAAGGCACCAAGAGGAUACCAUGGCUGAACCGAGAGCCUUAUGCAUACUGGAAAGGCAAUCCAGUUGUUGCUGAAACCAGACUAGACCUCAUGAAAUGCAAUGUUUCUGAAAAUCAAGAUUGGAAUGCUCGUUUAUAUGCUCAGGAUUGGGGGCGAGAAUCACAAGAGGGGUAUAAGAAAUCAGACUUGGCAAGUCAAUGCACUCAUAGAUAUAAGGUGUACAUUGAAGGUUCUGCUUGGUCAGUUAGUGAAAAAUACAUUCUGGCAUGUGACUCUCCCACUCUCCUUGUAAAACCACAUUACUAUGAUUUUUUCACAAGAGGACUAAUUCCGGGGCACCACUAUUGGCCCAUAAAGGAAGAUGACAAGUGCAGGUCCAUUAAGUUUGCAGUGGAUUGGGGCAAUAGUCACAAGCAAAGGGCACAUCAAAUUGGCAAGGCUGCAAGUGAUUUCAUUCAAGAAGAGGUAAAGAUGGACUACGUGUACGACUACAUGUUUCAUCUCCUGAAUUCAUAUGCUAAACUCUUUAGAUACAAACCCUCUUUAAGUGCAAAUGCUACUGAAAUAUGUGCGGAGUCAAUGGUUUGUGGAGCAGAAGGACCAGUAAAGAAAUUUAUGAUGGAAUCAUUGGUCAAGGUUCCUGCAAAUACCGAUCCUUGCUCCAUGCCUGCCCCUUAUGAUCCUCCAACUUUGCACGCACAAUUAAAGAGAAAGGAAAGUUCAAUUCAACAAGUUGAUUCAUGGGAGAAAAGUUAUUGGGAGAAUCAAACCAUAACAUCUUAAUGAAUGUUUUUUUUUUUUUUUUCCAUAUUCAAGACAACAUAUUCAUUCUUUAGAAUAUUUAUCCGUUCCGCACACAUAUAUAUAGGGUUAUCUUGGGAGGAUAGUUUUAUGAGUCUUAGAUUUUGGAAGAUGAAAGUUGUAAAGUUGUAAGUUACAAAGUCUUGAAUAAGCAAUUAUGUGAGCAUUCAGUAUUCUUGAAUAAGCAAAUUAUGUGAGUGGUCACUCUAUUCUAGUAUAAAUAGGGGAUCAUACUCUUGUAUUUUGUGUGACAAAUGAAAUAAAAUCUUCUUCUUCUUUCAACAAA